AUGCUGCUGUUGGAUGCUCCUGGGAACACAGAGUGCCCAGUAUUUGUGACUUCCCUCACCCUCAGUAGCAUCACACGGUACAUGGUGAAUACUAACAAUACAGGCUGUGGCUCCACAGUGCUGAGUUGGGUUUCCCUGACGGGCAAUCCUGCAGUCAUAUCCCCCCAAGAUCCAACUCUGGUGAUUGGCUCUUCGCUCACCGCCACUUGCUCAGUGAACUCUGACUUACACCUGAAAGCAGAGGACCUGUACUGGACUCUGAAUGGCAGACGUCUCCUCCCAGAGUCCUACAAAGUCCUCAAUGGCACCACCCUCAGCGUGGCUCUAGCCAACCUGAACGGGUCCAGGCAGCAGUCAGGAGAUAACCUGGUGUGUCACAGCAGAGACGGCAGCAUCCUGGCUGGCUCCUGCCUUUAUGUGGGAUUGCCACCGGAAAAACCAGGCAACAUAACCUGCUGGUCCAAAAACAUGAAAGACCUCACCUGUAAAUGGGCCCCUGGCACGGAUGGCGAGACCUACCUGCACACCAACUACACCCUCAAAUACAAACUCAGGUGGUACGGCCGGGAUAACACGUGCCAGGAGUAUCGUACCGCAGGGCAGUACUCCUGCCAUAUCCCCAAAGACCUGGCCCUCUUCACACCCUACGAGAUCUGGGUGGAGGCCUCCAACCGGCUCGGCGUGGCUGUCUCUGAAGUCGUCAUGCUCGACAUUCUGGACGUGGUCACCACCGACCCGCCGGCGGAUGUCACCGUGAGCCGAGUUGGGGACCUGGAGGACCAGCUGAGCGUUCGUUGGAGCUCCCCGCCUGCGCUGAAGGAUUUUCUGUUUCAAGCCAAGUAUCAGAUCCAGUACCGGGUGGAGGACAGUUCGGAGUGGAAGGUCGUGGAUGACGUAGGGAACCAGACGUCCUGCCGGCUGGCAGGGCUGCGGCCCGGCACCGUGUACUUCGUCCAAGUUCGGUGUAAUCCCUUUGGGAUCUACGGCUCCAAAAAGGCCGGGAUCUGGAGCGACUGGAGCAACCCCACGGCGGCCUCAACUCCUCGGAGCGAUCGGGUCCCGGGCGUGUGCGACCCCAAGAGCGGUGAGCAGAACACCACGCUGCGGCGGGAGCUCAAGCAGUUCUUCGGCUGGGUGAAGAAACACGCCUACGGCUGCUCCAACCUCAGCAUCAAGCUCUACGACCAGUGGCGCGUCUGGCUGCAGAAAUCCCACAAAACACGGAACCAGGUAGGUAAGGACCCUUCUCCGAUUCCUUACAUCUUGCCGCUCUCCGUGGCCAUCUCGCCUGCUGCAGCGCCCGCCCUGGGGCAAGGUUUCGCCAGCCCCGCUGAUCUGGAGACGGGGGCCCAGGCUGGGGCACCUGGGAGCCAGCCCUCAGAGGUGGUCAGGCCUCUGCACUUUCCCGUAGCACAGGGGCUGAAGCGGAGACGGGGCUGCCCUCUGGAUUUAUACAGGGUCAUCGGGAUGGGAGCCUGCAGGGUCCCCGGCUCCUGGCGUAGUGGCAUCCUGAUACAUGCCAGCCAGUGCCCGGCCUGGCAGUGGGCCCUCAUCCACCGGAGGCAGCAUUCUUUGCCCCUGGCCAUGAGGGGAAAGCAGCAGGCACAGGCUCGGCUGCCCCGCCCCACUCUGGAGAGGCAACGCAGCUGCCCGCACGUCCUGCCCAGCAAAGCUGAGCUGCAGUCCCUGGGGCUCUGGGUCCUGGAGCCGGCUCUGUUCCCCCUGCUCCACCGGCCUCCCAGAGACAUUCCCGCCUGGCCCUGA